UCAUAAAAUCUUAACUCUUGCCAUUAUGACAUUGAUUGUUGAUCGUGACAACAUCUUACGCAACAUUUCACCUAAUGAAGUUAAUGAUUUUCUCGGCGAAUACACGUGGGAAGGGAAAUGGGAACAUGUUAUAAUGUUAUACUACGAAUUUCCCGAACAAGCUCAUACAGCAAUUAUCUCUGAAGCAGAUGGUACUGCAUUACAUGUAGCGAUAGAUUUAGACGAAGAAACCGUCGUUAAAGAGCUUGUGAAUGCAAUUUUGUUGCACCAUAUCGAAAAGAGUCAGAGUCAGAGAGUUGAAGCUUUGGAAAUGGUGAAUGAACGCAGUGAUCAGAGUCAGAGUCAGAGAGUUGAUGCUUUGGAAAUGGAGAAUGAAAGCAGUGAUCAGAAGAGUCAGAGAGUUGAAGCUUUGGAAAUGGUGAAUGAACGCGGGGAUACACCGUUGCAUUUUGCAGCGUCGAGAGGUUUUGCAACAUUAUGUAAGUGUAUUAUUGGAAGAAAUAAGGAGAGAAUAUAUUUGUUGAGUCGUAAAAAUAAACACGGCGAGACACCUCUUUUUCAAGCUGCUGUUAAUUGGAGAAAACGAACUUUUGCUUAUCUUGCUGAUAUUUCUAAAGAAACAGUCACUUUGCAAGAUCUUGUUAGAGACGAUGGUGAUAGUAUUCUUCACACCGCUAUCCGAGGAGAAUAUUUCGAUUUGGCUGUGAUAAUCGUACAACGCUACAAUUUUCUAAGCGCCCAUUUGAACAAUGAGGACUCAACUCCUCUCAAAGUUCUUGCAACUAGACCUUCCGCGUUCAAAAGUGCAAGCAACCUUUCGUGGUAUAAGCGAAUCCUAUACCAUUGUAUACUAGUGGAACCACUGGAUGUGGAGAGAACAAUGAGAUCGAAUUUGAGAAAGAUGGAGGAUCGUCCCGAUUGUAAUAAGAUGAAGUUUCCACAGAACUAUUCAGCUUUAUAUGAUUUUGUUUCUAUAUGGAUAUGUGCCACAAUAUUUGGAAAAACAUUUUGGAAAAAGAAACGGCCCGACGCGGAAGAUCCACCAAACCCGCAGAUAUCAAAAAAAUAUCCUGUUGGGAAUUUGCCACCAAAUUAUGAAACAUUUCAUCAAUUUGUCAAGUCUGCAUAUGUACAUACUCUUGGUCUAUCAGGAGUAGAGUUAAAGGACGUAAAGAUUGCGAAAAAAAAGCAUCAAUGGAGUAGUCAGCUGUUGAAGGCGUUAAUGGAAAGGCCUUAUGCAGCAUUCACGGGAAGUGGAGGACGACCACCGGGUGCGGAAAUUGAUCUUGACGUGUUUAAUGCUCUUCCCCGAAUGAAACAAGGUGGAGCCGGAAGUUCUAAAGAUGAACAAAAGGAAACAUCAUCAACUUCGAGCAAAAUAAAGAAGGAUAGUGAAAAGGAAACAUCAUUAACUUCGAGCGAAGAAAAGAAGGAUAGUGAAAAGGAAAGCGAAAAAAAGAAGGAAAUUGAAAAGGAAAUCGACAAAAAGAUGACACCGUUUUUGGUUGCAGCAAAAAAUGGAAUAGUUGAAGUAGUGAAAGAAAUUCUAAUCAAAAUACCAAGUGCUAUUCAUAACACUAACCCAAGCAAAGAAAAUGUAUUGCUUGUUGCAGUGAAGUAUAGGCAGCCCCUUGUCGUCGAGACACUGAAAGAGUAUAAGCAUUCAAAACCAGAACUAUGGAAUAACUUGAUUCUUGCAAUGGAUGAAGACGAGAACACAGUAUUGCAUUUGGCAGCUAAGGCAUUAGGUGAUGAUAAACCAUGGCAGAUUGCUGGUUCUGCAUUGCAGAUGAUGUGGGAUAUAAAAUGGUUUCAGUAUGUCAAAAGCCUUGUACCGCCGCACUUCUAUUUCAAAAGCAACAAAGAAGACAAAACUUCAGGAGAAAUCUUCAAGCAAUCGCACAAGGAACUUAUAAAAGACAGUAGCGAAUGGCUAAAAGACACGUCUGAAUCCUGCUCGGUCGUAGCUGCUCUCGUAGCAGGAGUUUCGUUCGCCACAGCAAGCGCUGUGCCUGGCGGAACAACAGAUGAAGGUAGGCCUAUAUUAGAAGGAAAGCCUGCGUUCGAUGUCUUUGCCAUUUCUUCACUUAUCGGUCUUUGUUUCUCUGUCACUGGACUCAUCAUGUUUCUUUCUAUUCUCACUUCGCGAAAACAGGCCAAAGAUUUUCGUCGUGAUUUGCCAUCAAAACUUCUUAUUGGAUUGAGUUCUCUCUUCGUGUCCAUUGCUUCUAUGUUUGUUUCGUUCUGCACUGGACAUUUUUUUCUGCUUAGCCAUAACUUCAAAUCGAUUUUGUUCCCGAUUUAUGCAGCUACUUGUUUACCUGUGACUUUCUAUGCUGUUGCACAGUUUCCUCUAUACUUUGAUCUUUUGACAGCUAUUUUAACUAAGGUGCCAAUGGCAACAGAUAAAGGUGACGGUUUAUGAUCAUGAGCUUCUAUAUGUAAUGCUUUUGAUUUGAGUUUUUUGUUUGUUUUUUCUUUUGCUGGUGAUGUUUUGUGUGUGUUGAGAAUGUAAUUGAUUUAAGCUGAAUUUCGAGGAUGUAAUACCAAUCACAAUAUGAAUGAGUGUAAGAGGAUAUUUUUCG